AUGUUCUCGAACUCUGUGAUACUCGGCCGACGUCUUCUGAAAGUUACUCCUCAACUGAAUGCAGUUAGAACGAAGUAUUUGACGGCUGAUGGGAAGCCGAGAGAUCAACUAACAAUGAGAAAUGUCGAUAUUAUUGUGGAUCCGAAUGAGAAUUUGAUUGAUGAGUUCAUGAAUGGAUACGGAAAACAACGUCUCAACUUCGAGAGAAGUGAUAUCGACAUGUGGAAAAGAUGCUUCAAAGACAACUACUCACUGGUAUUCUACUGUCUGAAAGAUACCAACACUCUCAUUCAAACAAGUCAUCACAUAACUUUCCAUCCACUACCUUCCAACAGUGACUUACCUCAUCAAUACGACGGAUUCUUUUGGAUUCAUCCGGACUACCGUGGUUCUGAUAGUAUGAGAAUGACAGAUUAUGUGGUUAAAGACAGACUUCGAAGUGUCUGUGACAAUGCGUUGGCACAGUGCUUCCCACAAACAAUGAACUUGUGGGGAAGAAUGUUUGGACACAGAAACUAUGGACAUACUCAAUAUGUUUCCUACUACAAAAUGGAUGAGAUGAAAGUUCCAGAUGAUUUGAAUACAGAUGGAAUAUUGAUAAAGAAUGCGACGGAUGUUCCAGAUGAAGAUAUUGUCAAGUAUGAUCAGGAGGUGUUCCCGUACGAGAGAUCCAAAUAUGUUCUGACACUUCUCAGAAAGAAAAAUGGGUUUGGAAAGGUAGCCUACGACGAGAAUGGAAAAGUGAUAGGAUUCGGAACAGUGAUAAUCUAUCCAUCUGGUGAAUGUGUUCUCUCUCCAUUGUACGCAGAUGAUAAACGUAUUGCUCAGGCGAUAUUCAAGAACAUUCUGGAACAGAUUCCCCUCGACGAUAAGAGACUUCUCCGGUUCCAUGUCAGAUCAGUUGAUAAGUGUCAAGGAGGAUUCGAAUGGAUCCAACCGUUCGUGAAGUGUCCAAUCCGAAAAGAUCUUGCUGCCUAUUUGACCUACAAUACUCAUCUUCCAGUCAUCAACUACAAGAAGGCGUUCGUCAACUUCCCAUAUACUAACUGCGCUAUUUGA